UUCUUUGUGGACGGUACUGUCAAAAAUUUUGUUUUCGAAUCUCAUUUUUUUUAUUUUAUUUUUGUUAUUAUAUUAUUCUCAUCUAUUUUCUUGAAGAAAUUUCAUUUGCCUGUAAAUGUAAAUAAACAUAUAUGAUAUAUGAUGAUUAAAGCAUCAUCAUCAAAGCAAAUUUUACCUCAAAAUCAAUGUGAUGGCAUGCCAUUAUCAUUGGCCGAUCGACUAUUUGAAUAUCGAUGUCAAUUGGACCUUGCUAAUGAAGUGAUUAAAUUAUUGGAACAACAACGAUCAUUAUAUCGUUCACAUUUUAAACAAUGUAAAUGUCAUUUGAACAAUUCCGAUCAACAGCAACAAACUGAAUGGCAAAUGGAUCGCUUACGUCAAAUUGAUGAUCAAUUGGAAACGCUGUAUCGAAAACGAUAUGAUCCCCAAACAGCAUCAUCUUGUCUUGUUAGUGAUUCCUCCAUGAAAUAUUCAAUGGUGGAUUUAACCAAUAGUUGGCUAGACAAAACAAAGUCUAGGAUGUUAGGAAUUGAUAUGAAAACAUUUUUGACGCAGCAAUCAGCAUCUUCAACAGAUUCACCUACUGACCGAAAACAACAGAUAAAAUCGAAAUCUGGUCGUUACCGACGUCGAUUCAAAUGCUCGGUAGAUAAAAAAUGUCGUUUUGUUAGUCUUACCGAAACAGGGCUUCUUCGACAUCAGAUCGAACAUCGCCGCGAGAAAUUCCUGCAACUCAUUCAACCAUACGGAUUAACAUUGGCGAUAGAUAGUUGCAAAGUGAUAGAAAUUAAAGACAACAGCCAAACAUACGAAUAUGGCGAUAUAAUAACAUCAGGGCAAUGUUCUUUUCCGUUUUGUACAUUCAGGUUUUCAAUCACCAAUCCUGAUUGGAGAUCAAAAUUGUCCCAACAUUUUGAGCAGCAGCAUUUGUCCGCUUACAUAAUGCAUCCAUGCUUUACGUGCCGAAGAAUGUUUGAGAACAGAGACGAUUUGCAAAACCAUUUUAGUUUUUCGUCCAUUUGCUCAUCCUCAAAUCAGCAACCCGAACAGCCAGUGGAUGAUCCACCAAUUUUAUUAAACUUUGAUUCAUAUGAAUUAAAAUCUAAACAUCCAGCAAUACCCAGCCAACAACUAGAUGCAAUUGACAACGAAACAGAAGGUGCUUUCGAUGAUGACGCUACUGCUUCAAUGAAUGAUUUAAUCCAUGGUCUUGAUGAUAACAUUGGUCUAGAGGUUUUUAUUGAGAAUACCGCUAAACCUAAUAAUGUCGAGCCAAGCAAUACGGAUGGAUUGAAUUUGGAUCAAUUUUUUGAUCAUCUCGAAUCUACUCCACAGCAAACAAUGGAUUCGGUUGAAAAUCAAUCUAAUAAGGAUGAAAACAUUUCAUUGCAAGUAUUAGCUUCUGAUUAUAAUUUUUGUGAUGAUCGUGACCAUACCUAUAAUAUCGGUGGACCUCCACCACCAAUAACAACCGCAUCAUCACUUGUCGAUGAUCAUGAUGAUUAUACUAAGAACAUUAAUAAUCAAUAUCCGAUUCUGUUUGAAGCUUCAGCUUCAAAAUCGGCUGAUUCGUCCCCGAAAAUUUCCACCACUUCUGCAAUUGAACAACAAAUAUCAUCGAACGAAUUGACUGUCCUUGAAGAUAAAAGCGAUGAUGAGCAGCAAUUGAAACAAUUAUCCAAUCUUUACAUAUUUGAAUGUACAAAUUGUUCAUAUAGCUUUCAAUCAGAACGAGAAUUCUCAUUACAUAAUUACAUCGUGCACAAAAUACCUUCAUAUAAUUGUGGUCGAUGUGAUUAUGUAACACAGGAUACAGAAAAAUAUAACCGUCAUGUUCAACUGCAUGAUAAAAAUGAACGCAACAACAAAACUGGUUGUAUCUCAGAAUUGUCGAUAUGUGCUUUAUGUUCCGAAUCAUUUGCAUCAGAAUUCGAUCUCCAACAACACUUACAUGAUGAUCAUCAGACUUAUCGGUGCCCUCAUUGUGAUCUAGUAGUCAUGAAUCGAUUUGUUCUUCGAUCGCAUAUGCAAUCAUUCCAUGCGGAUUCUGUAAAAAAAUGUCCUGUUUGUCCUUACAAAACAUUCGAUCCUAUUUUAUACGAUAAGCAUUGUGACCGCCAUAAUCAAUCAAAAUGUUGUACAUAUCCUGGAUGUACAGAUGAAUUUGCCAAUUUGGAUAGUCUUGAGGCACAUGUGAAUCGAUUUCAUCGAUUCACUAAACCCUUUAAAUGUGAUGAAUGUUCUCAACAAUUCUAUUCAUCACGUAUACGCAAUAAACAUCUUAUCGAUGUACACAAAAGAUUCUUGUACAGUUGUGACCAGUGUUCAUUCCGAACCAACAAUAAAUCAGUGUUGAAAAAACAUGUACAAUGUCAUUCAUCUGUGAAACCAUUCGAAUGCCAAGAACAAGGUUGUUAUCGUCGAUUUCGUUCUCGUUAUCAAUUGUCAUCACAUCAACUACAUCGUCAUUGUCAGCGAAAAGAUUUUCCUUGCACUCGUAAGGGAUGUGAACGGCAAUUCAAAACAAAUGCACAACUUAGGCAACAUUUGCGUACGGCACAUCCUGUAGAUGAAAAUCCGAUAAAUUCAGAAUCAUCACCUCCACCAGUUGAUGUUGACGGUAAUUCAGAAGAAGUCCCUACCAAAAUCAUUGAUGGUACCCCAAAAAAGCCGAGCAUACAAUUUUAUGUAUUUGGUGGCGGUAGCUUACAAGUUUCAACCGCCCAACCUCACCACUCAUCUAUAAACACUGCCAUCAAAUCAUCAGUAUCAAGCCAUCGUCUUAGUUCUAGCAACAAACAUUCGAUCAUCACAGGACGUUCAUUAAUAAAAUCUAACAUGGCACGAGAAUCGACAUCCAUAUUAACAACGACGAUCACUGCAAUCGAUGAGAAUGAUGUGGAAAAAUAAAUGUAAACAGGAAUGCUUACACAGAUGAGAUUGAAAGAUACGAGCCAAACAAUAGGGAUUUAUGACAAAAUAUGAAUUAAACAAAUGCGAAUGGUGCAUAGGAAGAUGGAUGAUAUAAAGCAGCGGCAGCCGCUGCUACAGGUGAGAAUGCUUCAGUUGCUGUCGUAACCAAUGGUGAUGCUGGUCGCGGAUGUGCCGCUGCUGCUGUAUAUGCUGCCGCUUGUUGUAAAGCUUCUUGGUAGGCUGCUGCUGCCAUAAGAUUGUAUAAUGUGGCUCCCGGUGUCAUUGCCAAUGGAUGCUGCUGAUGUUGAUGAUGAUUUGUGCUUGGCACUUGGUUUUGAAUUAAUCGAUGAGCCUGUUGAUCUGGUGAAUUCGCUGAUGCUAACAACAUCUGUAGAUAUGGAUUCGAUGCUGAAGUCAUCAUUGGAUCAGAUUCUUGACCACCGUUGCUGUUGCUUGACUCUGAGUCGUCCAUGUCCGAUGAUCCGGAGAUACGAGCUCCACUUGAACUGGCAGCUGCUGGAGCCGAUGCAGAUAACGCUGGACUUGCAGCAACCAAUGAUUGGUAUGCAGUUGAAAGGCCAUCAACAAUAGGUCGACGGUAUUGGUAUACUAUCCGUAUUACAGAUGGUAUGAGUAACAUCUGAGUUCGAUGCUGCCGUAAUCGAAACAUUAGAUUGCCGAUCAUUGUUCGAAAUGGAUACGGAUUCGGUACGCCAUUGGCCGAUGUCGUUGACAUGAAUGUUGACAUCAAUGGCUUCAAUAAUGCUCCAGUACUCGAUGAUGAUGAGCCACUGUUUAUUGUAUUUACAGAAUUCAUGCUGCUGCCACUAGGCUUACCAUUUAGACUUUGACUACUGGUUGAUGAUGAACCUGAUGUUGGAUUUUGUUUCAGUUGGGCCAUUGAAGAAGAUGAUUUCUCCAUGCUUGAACCCUUAACCAUGACCAUCGAUUGGACUAUGGAUAAGGCUAAGAUGAGAAUUAUGAUUUUGGUCGAGAUUGAUUUGGCCAUCAGUUGCAAAUAGGUGCUUCUGUUGGUCACUAUCGACGAUUGUGAUGAUCGACUUGAACGAACUAACAUAAUGAGAUCACACAACUAACGAUAACUGAGCUAUGAUAAUAACGAGUAAAUGUCCACCGGAGAUACAUACACUUUA